AUGUCUGACGUUCCUCUACGCCAGCUGGGGAGCAAUGGUCCCCUUGUUCCAAGUCUCGGCUUUGGGUGUAUGGGUUUAAGCUCGUCGUAUGGUCCAGUGGACGACGACGAAGCCCGUUUCAAGGUGUUGGACAAGGCUCAUGAGUUGGGCUCCCGCCUGUGGGAUACGUCGGAUGUUUACGGAGACAGCGAGGACCUUUUAGGCAAAUGGUUCAAAUACUCUGGAAAGCGGUGUGAUAUUUUUCUGUGCACAAAGUUCGGCGUCAAGGUCAUGGACAAAGUCUACUCUAUGCACAGCGAUCCCGAAUAUGUCAGAGAAGCGUGCGAGAGGAGUCUUCGUCGCCUUGGCGUCGACAAGAUCGACCUCUACUACUGCCACCGUGUGGAUCUCAAGACUCCUAUCGAGAGGACCAUGGAAGCACUUGUUCGGCUCAAAAGAGAGGGAAAGAUUGGCCAUAUUGGCCUGAGUGAGGUGUCCGUAUCCACGUCGCCCUUCUCACUGGACAUUGAGUUGUCCGACAACAGCCUUUUGGACACUUGUCGUGAGCUGGGUAUUGCUGUGGUUGCGUAUAGCCCACUGGGUCGAGGCUUCUUGACAGGUCAGCUCAAGUCUCCCGACGAUUUUUCCAACAACGACUUUCGCAAGUCUGCUCCCAAGUACAGCAAGAAGAACUGGAGCAAGAACAUGGAGUUGGUAUAUCUUUUGGAGUCCAUUGCUAAAGACAAGGGCUGCACGCCGGGACAACUGGCGUUGGCAUGGGUCCUCAAGCAGGGCGAUGAUAUUUUUGCAAUUCCGGGCACCAAGAAAGUUAAAUAUCUUGAAGAAAACAUGGCUUCUCUCAAAGUUACACUGACGGAUGCUGAGGCUAAGACCAUUCGUGAUCAGGUUGAGAAGAUUGAGCUGCAAGGCGAGCGCUAUGUAGGCGUCCUAGAGCACUACUCUUUUGGGGAAACGCCUCCAUUGGGCGCGUAA